CCUCCUCACCCCUCCCCUCACCCCUCACCCUCCCCACCCCUCCCCCCUCCUCCCCACCCCUCCCCUCCCUCCCCCCUCCCCUCCCCACCCCUCCCCCUCCUAUUUCCUCCCUCCCCCUCCCCACCCCCUCCCCCUCCUCCCCCUCCCUCCCCUCCCCCUCCCCCCUCCCCACUCCUCCCCCUCCCUCCCCCCCCCCUCCCCACUCCUCCCCCUCCCCCCCUCCCCACUCCUCCCCCUCCCUCCCCCCCUCCCCACUCCUCCCCCUCCCCCCCUCCCCCUCCCCCUCCCUCACCUCUCCCCCCUCCCCCUCCCUCACCUCUCCCCCCUCCCCCUCCCUCACCUCUCCCCCCUCCCCCUCCCUCACCUCUCCCCCCUCCCCCUCCCUCACCUCUCCCCCCUCCCCCACCUCUCCCCCCUCCCCCUCCCUCACCUCUCCCCCCUCUCCCCCUCCCUCCUCCCCCUCCCUCACCUCUCCCCCCUCCCCCUCCCUCACCUCUCCCCCCUCCCCCUCCCUCACCUCUCCCCCCUCCCCCUCCCUCACCUCUCCCCCCUCCCCCUCCCUCCCCUCUCCCCCCUCCCCCUCCCUCACCUCUCCCCCCUCCCCCUCCCUCACCUCUCCCCCCUCCCCCUCCCUCACCUCUCCCCCCUCCCCCUCCCUCACCUCCUCCCCCCUCACCUCUCCCCCCUCCCCCUCCCUCACCUCUCCCCCCUCCCCCUCCCUCACCUCUCCCCCCUCCCCCUCCCUCACCUCUCCCCCCUCCCCCUCCCUCACCUCCUCCCCCUCCCCCUCCCUCACCUCUCCCCCCUCCCCCUCCCUCACCUCUCCCCCCUCCCCCUCCCUCACCUCUCCCCCCUCCCCCUCCCUCACCCCCUCCCCCCUCUCCCCCCCCUCCCUCCCCUCUCUCCCCUCCCCCCUCUCCCCCCCCUCCCUCCCCCCCUCCCCCCCCCCCCCCCUCCCCCCCUCCCCCUCCUCUCCCCCCCUCCCCCCCUCCCCCUCUCCCCCCCUCCCCCCCCUCCUCUCCCCCCCUCCCCCCCCUCCUCUCCCCCCCCUCCUCUCCCCCCCUCCCCCCCCUCCCCUCCCCCCCUCCUCUCCCCCCCUCUCCCCCCCCUCCCCCCCCCCCCCCUCCCCCCCCUCCUCCCCCCCCUCCCCCCCCUCCCCCCCCUCCUCUC